GAAGAAUGGCCUGUGGCAAUGGGGCAGGCAGGGUGACGGGGGAAGGCUGCCUUCAAAAUUUGGCAUCGUUCUCUACCUUGAGAUGGGUCUCCCUCUUGUAAAGAUUGUAGCUUCAGGACAGACAGUCAGGGGCAUGGAGCUCGGGUGCCCUGAGUUGCUGGAGCUUCCGGAAGACAUCUUCUCAGCAGGAUCGUUCCUGGAGCUGGGACUCAACUGCCCCCCACCGAAGGGCCUUGAGAAGGGUGAGCCUGACGACUUUCUGAACCUCUUCAUUGAUCCCAAUAUGGUAUAUUGCCCAGAAACGUCUCCUGCCAGUGACAGUGGGGUCUCCGAAGAUCCUAGAUCCCCUGCCCAACAGGCACCCAGUCCCCCUGCCCUCUAUGAGGUUGUCUAUGAGGCAGGGGCCCUGCAGGGCACUCAGCGGGAAGCUGGGCCGACCUUCGGACUCAUCUCCAUCCAGAUAGAUCAGUGGCGCCCGGCAUUCAUGGUACCUGAUGCCUGCACAGCCAGUGCACUGCCCUCUGAUGCCCACAGACAUAUCCUGCCAAGAGCCAGCGCCGUAACCCCAGCACCUCCUGCAGCCCUGCUCUCCUGCCAACGUCUGUUCCUGACAGAUGAAGAGAAGCAUCUGCUGGGGCAAGAAGGGGUUUCUCUGCCCUCUCACCUGCCCCUCACCAAGGCAGAGGACAGAGUACUCAAGAAGAUCCGGAGGAAAAUCCGCAACAAGCAGUCAGCUCAGGACAGCCGGCGGCGGAAGAAGGAAUACAUAGAUGGGCUGGAAAGCAGAGUGGCAGCCUGUUUUGCACAGAAUCAGGAGCUGCAGAGAAAGGUACAGGAGCUGGAGAGCCAGAACAUCUCCUUGGCGGCACAGAUCCACCAGUUACAGAAGCUCACCGCCCAGACCUCCAGCAGGGCUGCCCAGACCAGCACCUGUGUUCUGAUUCUUCUUUUUUCGCUGGCUCUCAUCAUCCUGCCAAGCUUCAGCCCCUUUCAGGGCCAAUCAGAAGCUAGGCCUGAGGGUUAUCAGCUUCACGGAGUGAUAUCCAGGAAUAUCUUGACACACAAAGACAUGACAGAAAGCCUGGAGACUCCAGUUCUGAAGUACAAACUGGAGGGGCCACCUGAACAACCACGUGCAAACGGCUCAAUAAAGACAGAGCUCACGCUGGGAGCGAAGGCGAGAGCCGUUGAGAGCAGGGUAAUGGUGCAUGCAGAUGAGAUGUAAGCCAAACCCAUCCAGUCUCAAGGGUCUGCUCAGGCUUCCCUGGCACUGUUUCAUCUGGAUUCCCAGUGAGGGGUCCAUAGCCCUAGAAUUCCAACUCAGGACACCAUAGUUGAUUUCUGUUCCCUAAACCAAGAUUUGCUUCUAUGGCAGGGCACCUCAAAUAGUUUUGUCACGUAUUUGUGAUUUUCUUUGUGGGUGAGGUCAAGGGGAAACAAGUUUUUGACUAGGAAAUAAACUUUCUAGCUAACAUUCUA